AUGGAGCGUCCAGAGUAUUUACCCGGCACUUCAGAGAUUGGCUCCCUGACAGCACAUUCCAACGAGGACAGUCAAUUUGUCGGCAGUUCUAGCGGGGUCUACUUCAUCAACACGGUGAAAAGGGCCUUCUCAACCGGUCUCGAUGGAUCAGGGUCCCCAGAGACAGAGUUCCCGACAGCAGAAGAUACGUUAGUCGGUGUAGAUGACUCGCCCCGGCAGAAGAGACCGCGCCUCGCAGCUUCCAGCGCAGAUUCCAUUUCCUCGCCUGGAGCUGGAGACUCGCCCUUGCAAUGGAAGUAUGACCCGCAAGUGGCAGCCUAUCUGGGCAAUGCGCCGCCAUUGGAACUGGGAAAGGAGCUGAUGAUGGCCUACUUCAAAGUCUGGCAUCCCCUCUUCCCGUUCUUGCAUGGGCCCACCUUCCUGCAGGCUAUGGAGAGGCUAUAUUCACACACAUCGGAAACGGCGACAGGCGAGGAAGCCACCCCGGACCACCGAGGUGCCUGUUGGACGGUGAUAUUUCAAUGUAUCUUCAAUCUUGGAGCCCUACUUCGUCCUGAUCUGGAGGUGCCACUAGAAUGCCAAAUUCAGUCCCCUGCCAGCAUGACUGCUUUACUGGGCAGCCUUUCAACGCGGCAUGACAUUGCCUCCCUCCAAGCGCUGCUUGCUGCCCAGGUCUUCCUUGUUGCAAAAAUGUCACUGAGGCCGGCUUCGACAUUUGGCGGGUGUAUUUUGCGGUCGAUGCUUCACGCUGGAUUGCAUCGUUGUCCGUUCCGGUAUGCUCAGCUCUCGUCGCAUGAUCGGCAAUUACGGAAGAGAAUCUUCUGGUGCGCAUAUGCUAUCGAUAGAUAUCUGAGCCAAGCACUUGGCUUGCCGCUAGGUAUCCAGGACUCUGACAUUGAUGUCUGUUUGCCGGCUGCACCAGAAUUGCACUCUCCCCCGCGAGUCAGAAGUUCAAAUGCGAUAUUAUCCACUUCCAAAUCAGUAGAGGGGACUGGGAACGCGGACCAGGGAGCUGAAAAUCCUACCGAGGAGAGUGUCACCCCAGGCCGCCCUCGUUCAGCGAGUGCCGCCCGUCGGGAGAGCCACAUUGAAGAACACCGCAAAAAGGAGGGUGUUCUGGCCAGUUAUGUGGACUCUGGUACACUGACCGGGCGAGCUCUGGAAUUAUUCCACAAAUCUAUUCUUGUUCGCUCCGUCUCCCGGAGCGCAGUGCUGUUUCUAGUGACAGAUGUCCACAAGUGGUGGAACAGCCUCCCUGUCGAGCUUCAAAGGAAAUCAGCCGGUGCCGAUAAUGAUUCCCAGAUGCCGCUUGCCGACAGUCCCUUUGAUUUUGGACCAUUCUUCACAAUUUUAUAUCAACACCUGGUCUUGAUAAUCAAUCGACCUUCACUCUCAUUGGAUCCUUUAAGUGCGGAGUUUUCUUCUGGGCUGCAGACGUGCAUUGGCGCAGCCCGCGCGAUUCUGGCUGCCUUAAGGCUUCAGGUGGACAGCCAGCAAGCCUUUUUCUGGCCGGGAUUCUUGUCGGCUGCUUGGAUGUCUGGGCUUGUCUUGGCUUUCGCCUGCCAGCUCAAACAAUACGUUUUGGGGAAGGGACUACAGGAGAUUGAAGAGUGUUCGAACCUUUUGCGCAGGAUGUCUUCUCAGUGGGAAACUGCAAGGCACUGUCAUAUGACCUUGUCAAUGCUGUCUACAAAGAUUAAGCAAAUGGAAGACGACCCAGAUUCCGCAGUGAGCUCGCAUUCUUAUGCUCUCAGAAAUAUGGAAAGAGCAAAAGACUCAUUGGGGCCGUCGAACCUGCAUGAACAAGCAACUAUGAGAAGCGGUGGUGAAUAUAGAUCUCGAACUGAACAGACCUAUACUACCGUUUGUGAAAAUCCUCAAACCUCAAUUCAUGACCGGGGAGGACCUGGGAUUCCUCCGGCUCCGGUCAUCAACGAGCAACCAACAAACUUCUAUGGAGAUGCAGCACCCACCGAUAUACCAUCUUCGCAGAUUCUGGAAUUCCAGAAUAUGGACACAAAUUACCUGGCUGGGGGGUCCAGCUUUGAUCUAAACAUGGGAGAUCUAUUUGGAGGGUCAAAUUUCGACUCGAUACUUGAUAUGAUUGGGCAACAGUAUCCCGGUUUCUAG